UUCAACCCCUUGCUCCAUGACUUUCAACUCAACAAUUUUUUAAUUUGAAAUUGUAGUCAAAAGUUGAUUGCAGUUAGAAAAAAAUGCUCAAUUUACCAGAAAAAGAAUAUGAUGAAAAGGACAAUAAAGGCGAUGAAAAUACCCAGAGUUUGCUCAGAAACUGGAAGAUUUGCGUUGUUAUCUUCUUAACUCACUCUGCUUUUUUGUCUCUCUUUUCAUCUCAGGAAUUAGAACACAUUUUGAGUCUGGUGAGAGUUUCAUGUUAAAAUGGGAAAAAGUUGGAAAUUACUUAACUUGAUAGUUGAAGCCAUCGUAUUUUGUUGAUCAUGAAAGAUCAAGAAAUGAGUUGACAAGUUAUGGUUUCAUCAAAAGUAUUGCCAUCGUCUUCACCAUCGCCACCAUCACUAGCACCUUUAACCUCAUCAAUACCAGGAACAUUUAACUCAUCAACCGUUACUUAAUUUGUGUCUCUCAAAUCAACAUUGGAUUAUUGUUAUUACCUCUUUUGUUUGUUCAAUUUGAAAAUGGUGAUUUAAUUUUCGAUCAGUUUCUUGAUCUUUUCUUUUGAUUCAAUUUGAUUUUCCUUUGUUGCUCUAUUUUUAUGCGUUACUUCCAUUGGAUUCAAACAGUUGAAAUAUUCACUUCACUUGUGAUCUAAUUGAAUGUCUUUGUGUGUUCUAUUUAUUUUAUCUGCUGCAUUUUAUAUUCACCCUUUGAUAUCCAAACUAAUUAAGCAAAUUUAAAGCUUGGAUUUACAUUAUGAUAUUGUGCUUCAUAUAAUUUUAACCCUCUUUUUUUUGGCAACCACCAAUUUGGAAACAAAGUCGAUAUCAAAAAAGCCAAUCAAGGUAAAACAUCUAACCAAAGCUGCCUUACUAAGUGUAUUCAGCUUGGUAACAAUAAUGAUCAAAAAAAUGGAAGGAAAAAGUCCACUCUUAUGUUCCUUCGGAUAUAAUAAUAUGUUAGAUUGAAAGUCAUGGUCAGAAAAUUGAAUGGACAAGUUUAAACACACAAAUGUAAACUUACAAUUAUGAUUAAUCUCAUCGAUAAUGUCAUUUUUUACAAUUGAAAACCAGGAAAGCAAGGAAAGGAAAUAUUUACAUUUAAAAUUAAACCCUUGCGCCUAAAGCCUCACUUUAUGCCAAAGUAAUUGUUUAGUUGAAAAUUGUUUUGGGUAAUUUGUUUCUGUCAGCUGUAAAGGAUAAAGCCAAGAAAAUUGCGAUUUGAACACAAUUGCUGUUUAAUUAUAGCUAUGAAUUUACUCCAACGAUCUCUUCAUUCUCAACAACAGUCAACAUCAAGCAGCUCAGCGCCCAAGAAAAGUUCAGCAACAUCCUAUGCACCAUCAACCCACACCACCAACACUCAUCUCUUGUUCCACCUUAAUGAACCUUAUGGAAAUUUUUUCAAUGGCCCAUCAGCAUCAACCUCAUUCUCAUCGCCAACCUCUAGUCGUGGGGUUAAAAAGACAUCCACCUCCAGUAAACCAGGUUCUGGUUUUCUCGAUCUUCACCACUCCAACCCUGCUUCAACCUCAUUUGAUUAUUACGAGUAUUUCUCCAACUAUGGUCGUAUCCUGGCCACUCCGCCUCACUCUCCAAACGCCUUGGACCACUUCAAUGACCGAGCCGGUAUUUCAGGUACCAGUUCAUCUGGAUCAGCUGGUUUUGACCAUAGUUUCAAGAGAUUCUGGAGACGAAGUGGUCCACCCAAAUAUCAACCCAUUUCAACCACCGAUUCACCUGAAAGAUCUAGAGAUAUUUAUGGCCAGGGUGGAAGUGGAAGUGGUUCUGGUGGUGGCUCUGGUGGUGGUAUUAGUGGCCUUCGUGGUGGAACUCCUUCACCUCAAUUGGGUCGCCAUGCAACUCGCUCAAUUCGUUUACCCUCCAGUCCAAGUUCACCAGGCUUGUGUUUUAUGGACGCUGCUCCUCUCCUAUCACCACCCUCUGAUCCUCCGAUGGUCUCAAUGAUUCCAUCAUCAAUGGGACCAUCGUCUUCCUCAUCCAACCAAGCAGCCCAAUCAAUUCAUCCAUCCAAUGGUCCUACACCACAUCGGAUAAGCUUCAUCGAGACCAACCUGUACAUACCCAUUGAUCUUCCCCCUUCACCCGAUUCUUUGCCCGUUCUACCUCGUCGUGGUCCUCACGGGUUUAUGCACGCAGAAUGGGUUCACCAUACAGUUAACCAACUUAAAUCACAAUUUAAAUCACUUCAUAACCAGAUACUCAUCAAUGUUGAACGUAAAUCACGUUAUCCAUUCAUCAUUUACGGUUACCCGGGACCUGGUUUUGAUCCAACUGCAGGUCCAAUACUGCCAACCGCAGCUUUUAAUACUCUUUCACCUGAACUCAGAAUUUUCGAUGGUCUCUAUGAUAUUGCAUCUUCCCUUAUCCGACCUGGUUCCAAUUAUGAUCAAGAAGACCGAGCCGUCCCAUUAGGAUACAUUGUCUCGGCCUUUCAAACCUUUCCCGGUGAAGACAGUGAGAAACUUGAAAGAAACUGGUUAGCCUGGACUGGAGCCACAAUAUUGUACAAACAGCUUCCUAUGUCAAUUGGCCUUCGUCGUUUGAUCUUUUUCAAACGACACGAUCUUCAUCUGCUUAAAUCUUAUUCAACUCCAAGUGAAAAUGAGAUUCCAAUAUUUACUUACGUAUUGGUUUGUGAAUGUUUUAAUUUACGUGAUUGCCAUUUAGCCACAGCUUGUUCAGUCAUUGAUCAAUUGCGAUUUAGAUGUUGUGGUUACUCUGGACUUUAUAUUAAUCAUCUUUGACACCUUUAACACAAAAUUAAGAUAACUUGUAAUCUCUUUUUGUAUCAAGAAAACUAUACAAAAUUGUUUAUUGACGUCUUCCAAUGUUAUUGAGUUUCUUUCUGGUGAAAAUGGAAACUAAUGGUACAAUAAUUUAAGGACAACUGAGGAAAGCUGAUUGUUUUUUGCUGAAAAUUUACAGUGGAAAUGAAGUCAAUCAACAUUUCAAACUCGCCUUUAAUUUUGAAGUCCUUUUACCAAAUAAGACUAACAAAAAUUGUAAUUAAAUUGUUUAAGACAACAAAAAAUGUUUUUAAUUGCAACUCAGUAAACAUUAAAUACUUUGUUGAUAUAAUAAU